AAGAUCUCAAAAAAACAAAAACAAAAAAAAAAAGGAGAAAAAAAAGAGUACCACCUUCCCUAUUUCUUUCAAUAUUUCUUGCUCAUGUUAAACCUGCAAUUGUGAUUCGGUGAAGCUUAAAUCUUUCCUCUCCCUUUUGGGGGAUGAGUAACGGCAUGGACUACGGCAGUAUCGUGAACGGAAUUGGAGUCUUCAUGGUUAUCCUUCUCAUAACUAUGUCCCUCCUCUUCUGCAAAUACUGCUCCCCUGACCGCCACCACCCAUCUCACCAGACUUCCACCUCUGCCAGGACGACUGCCGCUGAGGAUGUUUCCAUUACCAUAGAAAGCGGCCUCAACGAGGAGACACUCCGAAGCUUCCCCAAACUUCUCUAUUCCCAGGCAAAGCUCCACAAAACCGACAACCCCUCAAACUGUUCCAUAUGUCUGGGUGAAUACAGAGACGCAGAUACCCUGCGGCUGCUGCCUAAUUGCGGCCAUGUUUUCCAUCUCAAGUGCGUGGAUCCUUGGUUGCGCUUGAAUCCCACCUGCCCCGUCUGCCGAAAUUCACCGCUACCGUCCCCGAGUCUUCCAACUCUCCGGCCGAACUAACGCCAUAUUCCACGCAGGAGGAUGUAAGGUUGCAAUUAAGUUGAACACUUUUUACAUUGAAUCAUGUACAAAUUGAUGGGUUUUCCAAUUUACAACUCAUAGGUCUCUAAAUUCUAAAAUGCAAUGGUUUGUACACUUUUAGAUGAUUUUAUAUAUGUACAGUUUUCAGAUCAAAGGCAAACGAAGAGUAGAUUAAAAUUAGUGGCAGGUA